AUGGCCCGCCCGGCCGCCAAGGCCGUCUGGUACGACCGGCCGCGCUACGUCUUCGUGGAGUUCUGCGUGGAGGACAGCAGCGACGUGCGCGUCGACCUCGGCGACCACCGCCUGCGCUUCAGCUGCAAGAACGCCGACGGGCUGGAGCUGUGCAACGACCUCGAGUUCUACGCGCGGGUGAUCGCCAAGGAUUCCCAGAACAAGCGCUCGGGCCGAUCGAUCACUCUCUUUGUGCGCAAGUGGAAGGACAAAGUUGCCUGGCCCCGGCUCACCAAGGAAGAGUCGAAGCCGGCUUGGCUCUCUGUGGACUUUGAUAACUGGAGGGACUGGGAAGGAGACGAGGAGGUGGAGGCUGCCAUGGUUGAGCAGUACGCAGAGCUCAUGCAGAAAGUCAGCACAAAGACAGCGCCCCCGGCCAUGGAUGACCUUGAUGUAAGACGAUGUCUGAAAAUCACAAGCCCCAGAGGGAAGCUCGUCAACCAAACGUGGUGUCGCCUCAUAGUUCUGCUCCAAGACAUCCUCUGGGGGUGCCAGGGCUAA